AUGGCGGAGUCGUUGCCCCUGGAGAUUCUCACGUAUAUUCUGAGCUUCCUGCCUUUGCCGGAUCAGAAAGAGGCCUCCCUCGUGAGUCGGGCUUGGUACUCCGCAGCCCAGAAUGCCCUUCGGGAGCAAUCAGGCCUCAUCUCCCUGGACCUCAGUGGCUGCUUGGAGCUUGCUGACGGGGUGCUCUUGGCCGUGAGCUGCAGCCUGCAGCGCCUGCAGCACCUGAGCAUGAAGAAGUUGCAUCGAUUGACGGAGGCAGGGUGUAAGGCCCUGGGGGGCCUGCGGGAGCUCCGGAGCCUGGACAUGGCCGAGUGCUGCCUGGUGAGCGGGCAGGAACUGGCCCGUGCCCUGGGCUCAGCUCGUGGAGCUCCUCCCCCACUGGCUUCUCUCAGCCUGGCCCACUGCUCCUCACUCAAGCCACACCCAGAGCUGGAGGAUCAGAGCCUAGGCCCCAAAGAGCUCUCUCCCAAGCCACAGAGUCCCUCCCUGCUCAGGCUGCAGGAUCUGAAGGAGCUGGACCUCACAGCCUGCAGCAAGCUGACUGAUGCCAGCUUGACCAAGGUACUCCAGUUCCCCCAGUUGAGGAGACUGUCACUGAGUCUGUUGCCAGCAUUCACAGACAGGGGCCUGGUGGCUGUGGCCCGGGGCUGCCCCAGCGUGGAGCACGUGGUACUGAGUCACUGCAGCUGCCUCACUGACGAGGGCUGGGCCCAGGCCGCCAGCUCCUGGCCCAGGCUGCAGCACCUCAACAUGUCCAGCUGCAGUCAGCUCACCGAGCAAACCCUGGACACCAUUGGGCAGGCAUGCAAGCAACUCCGUGUGUUGGAUGUGGCCAUGUGUCCCGGUAUAACCAUGGCUGCUGUUAGGCGCUUCCAAGCCCAGCUGCCCCAUGUGACCUGCGUCCAGUCCCGCUUUGUGGGAGGGGCUGACCUGACCCUAACACUCUGA